CAACGGCCUUUUAAUCAAUACUGUUGUUAAGGUAAUAAACAAAACAAGUAAAGCUUAAAAUGGAAGACGCACUUUUAGAUUUAUCAAUUACAGCUGAAAUAUCCGAAAAAGAUAUAGAAGAUAUACAACAAAAAAUUAAACACAAAACAGUCGAAGCUCGCUUUAUAUUAACUGAAGCGCAGAAAGAAGAUCUUCACGAAGCUUUCGAUUUACUAGAUUUUAACGGUGAAGGUAAAAUAAAAGCAGAAGAUUUUCGAGUAGCAAUAAAAGCUUUAGGCUAUGAACCAACGAAAGAGGAACUUCAGAAUAUGAUCAGUGGCGUUGACAAAGGACAAACCGGGAAGUUAAGUUUUGAAAAUUUCGAAACCGCAAUCAUGCGGAAGGUCAUGUCUGUCGACAGCGACGGCGACGUGAUGAAAAGUUUUCGUCUUUUCGAUGUUGAUGAUACUGGGUUUAUAAGUUUUGAGAACUUAAAAUACGUAACACAAAUAUUGGCAGAAAAUUUAACUGAUGAAGAAAUAGAAGAAAUGAUAGAUGACGCCGAUAAGGAUUUUGACGGAUACAAACUGAUGAAAUGUCCUUAGAAGAUAAAUGUGAGCAUCUUCUGAAUGUAGUUGUGGAGUCCCGUAAGAGGUUCGGUAAAAUGUGUAUUGAUUACGAACAAAAAAUGUCUCUUGU